UAAAUGGAUUAGACCCACCACCUUUCCACGUCUCGCCACUCCAAUUAGCACAGUUUCUACAAUUAUUAGAUAACUUAGAUAUUUCUAGUAAAACAGUUCAAUUCUAUUCUAUGUGCUUCUUCCAGAUUCCUUAAAGCCAAAACCAUGUCCUCCAGUGGUUAGUAGGACAAAUCCCACGACACUCCCCGCUGCUACUGCCUUACUCUGUUUUCUUCUUCCCCACCUAUUUCCAUUUUUUUAACUCCAAAUUCCCACUUUACAUCUUUGUUUUCAUCGAAGCGCCACUCAUAGAAAGCGUUUUAGUCCAUCUUGCAAAAUUGUCCUGAAAAGCGAAAAACUCCAUCUUUACUAUUAGCCCCUGAACUCUCUCUCUCUCUCUCUCUCUCUCUCUGUCUAUUAUUUUGGUUACUAUUAUGUCAGACUUGCCAGCCUUUUAAGACAGUCUUCUGUUCAAAGUCACAUAUUUUUCUCAUCUGGGUCACCACCCUCUUCUGGUAAAAAAACGAUUUUUCAUCAAAAUUUGUUUUCAUUUCUAGAUGUCAAUGCCCACCUUUUCUCGGGAAAAUUUCCAGUUUUUCCCAUCUGGGUCAUUUGCCAAUCUCUACAUAUUCAAUAUGUUUCUCGGCCUGAAUUGAAUCCCAACAACAACUGGUUUCUCUUAAUCCAGACUUUCAAAAAUAUUUUGAGUCAUGGAUGAGCUAGUAGUAGAGCCGCCGCAGAACAACAGUUCCAUCACGCCGAGAAACAUUCUGUUCGGAAAAUACGAGACGGGUCGGCUGCUGGGUAAAGGUACUUUCGCUAAGGUCUAUUAUGGCAAAAAUCUAAUCACCGGUGAGAGCGUAGCCAUUAAAGUUCUGAACAAAGACAAGCUGAAGAAAGACGGGUUUAUGGAGCAGAUAAAGCGAGAAAUCUCGGUCAUGCGGUUGGUUCACCACCCAAAUAUCGUUGCGCUGAAAGAAGUCAUGGCAAACAAAGCCAAGAUCUUCUUCGUAAUGGAGUACGUUAAAGGUGGAGAAUUGUUCGCCAAAGUUGUCAAAGGGAAGCUCAAGGAGGAUAUUGCUAGAAAAUAUUUUCGGCAGCUGGUUAGCGCCGUCGAUUUUUGUCACAGCCGAGGAGUCUCUCACCGAGACCUAAAACCCGAAAACCUUCUUCUGGACGAAAAUGGGGAUCUAAAAGUUUCCGACUUUGGCUUGUCGGCGUUGCCGGAGCAGGUCUGGAACGACGGUCUGCUGCACACGCGGUGUGGGACUCCGGCUUAUGUGGCACCAGAGGUUUUGAGAAAGAAAGGGUAUGAUGGAGCUAAGGCUGAUAUUUGGUCCUGUGGUGUUGUUCUGUUUGUUUUGCUUGCUGGGUCUUUACCAUUUCAAGAUGAGAAUGUUAUGAAGAUGUAUAGGAAGGUUUUCAAGUGUGAGUAUGAAUUCCCUCCAUGGUUUUCUGGGAACGCAAAGACGUUGAUAUCCAAGCUCUUGGUUGUUGACCCACAUAAGAGGAUCUCGAUUGCUGAUAUACUGGAAAAUCCUUGGUUUCAAUUGGGAUUCACCAGACCAGUUGCGUUUUCAGUUGAAGAAAUCAAUGAGAAAGAUGAGAGUAAUCACGAUGUAGAAUUGGAGCAGAGAAGGACACAGUCAUCACCACCAUUUUUCAAUGCCUUCGAGUUCAUUUCCUCCAUGUCUUCUGGUUUCGACUUGUCCAACUUGUUUGAGACCAAGAGGAGGCGUGGUUCUAUAUUCACUUCCAAGUGCUCAGCCUCAGCCAUCAUGGCUAAGCUUGGAUCCGUGGCUAAGAGUCUGAAUUUUAGAGUGUUCUGUGAGAAGGAAUUCAAGGUGAAGUUGCAGGGGAAAUCAGAAGGAAGGAAAGGGAAACUGGGGGUGACCAUGGAGGUUUUUGAGGUGGCUCCAGAAUUGGUAGUGGUGGAGUUGGCCAAGUCUGCUGGAGACACGCUCGAGUAUACUAAGUUUUGUGAACAGGACGUGAGGGCUGCCCUUAAAGACAUUGUUUGGAGCUGGCAAGGUGAGAACAAUUGUCAGUGAUGCUAAAUGGCAAACAAAGGCCUUGAGUACUUUAGUUGUUAGUAGUCCGAUUUUUAUUUUUACUGUAGUUUAUUGGAUUGCUUGCUAGUAUUUGCAAACAUUUGACAUUUGGGUAAUGUGGAAUGUAUGUGUAGAAUGGAUGUGGAAUGAAGCAAUUGGUGAAAGUAGACUGGAAGGAUGAAAUCUAGGGAUUUUUUUCUUGUACAAUAUUACUUCAUGAUUGAUAGGGGGUGAGACAAUUUGGCUA